GAACCUUAAACAUAGUAUAGAUAAGCGAUGUUCAAAAGCACAAUACAACAAUUGCCACAAUAGCUAUUUUCUGGACAGAUGCUAAGGCGACCAUACCGUGAUAAGAAUGUUUAUAGUCUCAUUUUAAUGGAUCCGUAAAAAUUAAUUGUUCAGGACAAAUUAUAUUUCAAAGUAGGAAAAAUGACCUCACAGCAAAGAAAGAAGAGAGACAAGAAUGUUAAACCAAUCAAAGAAGAUGCUUUUCUCCAGAAGUACAACAUGGAAUUGCUCAAGUGCAUUGACGACAUGAAAAUGAAGAGGGAUGAAGUUAACAGGAGUAUUUUAACUCUCUCUGAUGAACAACAGAAACUGGAGAGCGAUGUUCUUCAUCUUACCGCUCAACUUGCCCGAGUGAAUGAGAGUCUGUGUAAGAAAAUGAAGCAGCAGGGGGAAUGUGACGAACUGAUAUCGGAGUACAACGAAGCCUUUCACAGACUUCUUUACGGACAGCAGACGUUACUAGCUAACGUCAGAAGAUCGGUGAACACAGUCGCUCCAAGCGUGAUUCUGGAGGAGAGUGAGGCGGCAUCCCUGUCCUCGCGCCAAGCCGCACGCUCCUCAAAGAUGAGUUUUAGCACGCGCGGAGACACAAGAGCAGACGGACGUAAGGACUCGCGGCGAGAUUCUCGGACCGAUGUAAGCCAUCAAGAAUCUAGAGCAGAGUCCACGAUACAGUGAAGGGUGAACAAAUUUCAAAGUACAUUACACGAAUGAAGUGAUUUUAAUUAGAUUGAUUUCAGAAAAGUAAUUGUGUACGACGAGAGGAAACGAGAAUGUUCCGACAUUACUAUGUAGGUCAUUUCGAGUUCUCAUUUUCAGAGCUAUUGGAUCGUUGAUGGAUUAUACAUGUAUCGUAUAUAAAUAUAUGUCAAAUGAUAAAUCUAAAUAUGUCAAGAGAAAGGUGGCUCCACCUUUUUAAAUGCAUUCUUGUUGUUGACUUUUGUCAAUAUUUAAACGUAUUGUCUGGAAUUACUAGUGAAGACAAACGAAACA